AUGGCUUCCUAUCCACAGAAGUAUCACUAUGGAAAUGCGCAUGGAUAUGAAUAUCCGCAUGAGCACCAAUCCCGCCUUGACACACCUUGGUCCCACGCACAUAAUCUGUGUUUCGAACAAUGGAAACGCCAAUAUUAUGGAAACCCUCCAGAUUUCUACGUAAAAAACCCGUUACUACCUAUUAUUGAUAUUGGUGACGAAAACUAUUCUCGCGAGGCAACCAAUCCUGCCGAUAGGUUAACAGAACAGGAGACGAUACCGCCACUCAACCCUAAUUCUGGCCCAGCCUUAUCUAACGUCACAUUCAUUCUUUAUGGAAACCCAUUUCCCGAAUGUAAUAGUAUGGCUGAUAUGUACCGCCCACGUUUUCAUGUGUACCCUGGAGCCGCAAGAGAUGCAGUCCCUGAACUUGAUGUUAGAUUCCGUCGUGAGGGCCCCAGAGUCGUUCACAUCGAUAUGACAAAAUCAUGGAAGGGCCUGUCCACAGAUAAGGCCGAAGAGCUACUGUUCUGGGAGACAAUUUUUAGAAAUGUCUUAGAAUUCCUUUUGCACGAUCAACUUGAACUCCUGCUACAACAAUGCGGAAUCACCACGCUAACGUUUCAUAACGGUGAAUAUCAACGGGGCCUCUCGGAUAAGAUACAUUAUUUACCAAUUGGUAUGAUCGAUAUUGCGACAGCUAUGGUAGCCUCAUACAGUCAGCAUCGUCGGAUAUAUCAUUGGCUGGCGUCAAUGGGAAAUAUUUAUAAAACUGUUGCACAGUUUAUCCGCACUCAUGAUUGCUUUGUUGCUCCCACUGUGGACAAGAGAUCAUUCGCCAUGAAUCACGACCUUAGAAUAGGAGUCAAGCUAUUGAGCUCAAAUGAUUGCCCCAAAGGGGCAGCAAAUCGGUUACUGGACUAUCCUGUCGAAGUGAAUUGGGCCCCGGAUAUGGUUUCAUUUGAUCAAUUUGACCCAUUUACUACUGAAGGGCAAGAAUUCCGUUUAGUUCCUCGAUAUACCUCUUCGCUCACUUUUAGUGGAGCAGAUAGCGUAUUGGAGCCGAGACAUAUCACAUACAAGACAUCUGCCGCUUGGCUAUGGUGGGAUACUUCAAUUUCCGGGUUUAGCGGAACUGUGCCAACAUACUCUGAUUCGGGUGACCAGACAUUGGAUGCCUCAGGAGGGCUGUCCGAGAUGUUCACCAUUCGAAUAACGGUUACAGCGACCUCCUUGGAAUAUUUCGAUACGGCGGUGAGAUUCGAAAAGACUGUCAGAUCCAGGGUGACGAUCAAUGUUAAGAAAAGGAAAUCCCCACAACUCAAUCCCAUUCCAGACUAUACUUUGAGGCUCUUUGAAACAAACAGCCGCGAGUAUAAUGCAGGUGCCCUCUCACCAGGCAGUGGCAAGUUGCGGCUGGCUAGCCCUCAAUUGAAAUGGUGGGACGACCCAUUUAUUGGACCUGGAGUUUACUUUGGUGCUCGCCUGCAUUCAAAUUUACAGUCAUCAGCGCAUUGCAAUUUCAAGCAGAGCAGCCACCCAUUCAACAGUUUAAGCGAGCCAUUUCUGUUUGCCACCCAUCUGCAUGCUGGUUUAUCAGCACUGCCAAAUGAUCACCAAAUUGGUGAAAACAAAGAAUUUUCACUUCCUGCACCAAUAGAUAGUGCUUUGCACAUCCCCCCGCUUCGCCGCCGAAGGCGUUCCUUGCACAGCCUUAAGCCCCUCAAAAGUAGUCCUAAAAUUGGCUCUACAGUUCCCCCGCAAACGACAACGUAUCGCGUUCGCAAUCCUCAAACCGAAUCAGGAGAUAAGCGGUUACGUCAAGAUAUCAUCAACAUGCUGGACAUCCCGCUUCACUGCAGUCGGGCGGACGAAGAUCUAGAAAUGAGGUACCGUCCUUGGGAGAAGCGGUCAUCUUGGCGAGGUGCAGGAGUAUCCGUCCAGAAGAAGGGGAGUGGAUAUCCUUACCAAGAUCGCCGCCUACUGAGAAAUUCAAUUUUCUCGGAAACAAACUCAGAGGAGGAGGAUGCAUCGUACAUCUCGAAAUACUGCCAGAAUAUGAGGCUUGAUUCGGAUCAAUUGCAGCCCAGGGGUAACAAAUGGAGCCGGGAAUUUAAUUUUUCAAGAACUCCAAGUUCUGAGCCUUUGACUAUGAAUUGUUCUCGAUUCUUGAAUUCUCACGGGGACAGGCGUCCAGAGGGCGAAUCUAAACCAGAUACGCCGCGGACACCACCGGCCAGUGACACAUGCCCUUGUGAUUUUGUGCUUAGCAGCCUCCGCAGCGCAACUGAUAUGCAAGCAGGCGAAGGGUGUCGUAAGCUGGGAAGUGACGCAAGCGACCUUUUUGGCACUUCCCUUCCCUGCACGUCCGAGGGCGAUUGGGAAGAUGUUGACACCGAUGAGGAGGGGGUCAGUAUCCUUGAGGAUGAGGAUAGUGAUGCAGAUCAAACAAAUCAAGGGGUGCCGAUUCCCUUUCGCGGCUCAUCCAUCAAUGACCAGUGA